GCUAAAGGUGAUUUGGCUUCCCAUUAAACCCGCGACCGACUUUCAUUGGCUAAUUUAUGAUGAAAGCUGCGACCGGAAAUAUUCCAGAAACCAAACCCGCAGAGCAGCUGUUCCUGGAUCUCCCUAUCCAAGUCGACCUGAACAAGGAUACCGGAAUGCAGGUAAUAGAGCCUUGGGCUAGCAUGUACGUCGAUGCCAUACGUGACAGAAGAUUCGGCGAUGCUGUGUAGACACGCUAUCGUAUUAGUGAAGACGUGGAAAAUUGAAUUGUCGGAGGUUCAAAUAGUAAGACCGUGCUUGAGGAAGAUGCGUUGGAAGCUAGGGUGAACGAUCUAGAAGGAUACGCUGAGGCUUAUCAUUCUAUUUAAAGACCAGCAGUGCAGAUGGGCAUAGCUGCAUAAUAGAGAUUAUUCGGAGACUUGC